AUGGACCUUAGAAAAUUCUUUAAAAGGAAAACAACCAACGAAGAUUGCAACAAUUCUUCUAAAAAAAUAGGGCUUCAAACACAUAGUUCCAGCCCCAGCCCUAUCCCAAGCACUAGUAGUGACUUAGCACAUGAAGAUAAGUCUAGACAGGGAACCAUAGCUGAAAUGUUGCCAUCGGUCGGUCAAUCAGAAGAUAUUGGAAAUUUUGUAAAUGCUUCGUCAAUACAGGAUAAACAAAAAUAUGAUUUAUUAAAAAGGCCAUAUAAACCGUCCCCUGACUAUGAUUUUAAGCAAGAUGUUGAACUAAAUAAACGACCAUUUAUAUACAAAUGGUUUGAUCAAUAUGAUUGGUUGGUUUAUUCCAAAGUCCUUAAGGGUGCUCUUUGUAAAUACUGUGUGCUCUUCCCGCCCACUUUGACUCACGGUAGUACUUUAGGGGCGUUUGUAAUAAGACCGUUUAUAAAAUAUAAAGACUUUCACAUGCAUUCCAAGAACCAUUCUAGUUCAGCAUGGCAUAAAGAUUCAGCUAUCCGUGCCAAAAAUUUUAUUGAUGUGUUAUCAAAUAAAAAACCUGACAUAUUGUCUCUAAUUGAUGAAGGAAGAAAAAUAUUUUGGAAAAUAGGAAAAAAAAUUCUUCCAAUUAUAAAAACUAUUGUUUUUUGUGGGACUCAUGAUAUGCCGCUAAGAGAAAGCAACAAAAACUCUGGCAACUUUACAGAUCUUUUAAAAUUCAGAAUUGAUGCUGGUGAUAAUACUUUAGAAAGCCACUUAUGUAACGCAGCUGGCAACUCUAAAUACACUUCUCAUAGGAUCCAAAAUGAAAUAAUUUCAUUGUCAGGACAAAAAAUAUUAACAAAUAUAGUAGAAGAGGCAAAUUCUUAUAAAUAUUUUAGUGUUAUGGCUGAUGAGACUGCCGAUAUUUCCGGACAUGAGCAGUUGUCCAUUGGCAUACGAUAUGUAUACGAAAAAAAUAAUAAGUUUACCGUGAAAGAAGAGUUUUUAGGAUUCAUAAAAUUAGAAAAACUAAACGCCGACAGCAUAGCUUGUUCUAUUUUGGAAUUUUUAGAAAAAUCAGGUUUAAAUAUGGACAAACUUGUAGGACAAGGUUAUGAUGGAUGCUCAACAAUGGCUGGUCAAAUUCACGGGGUUCAGAAGAUCAUACAAGAUAAAUAUAAAAAAGCAUUUUAUUUUCAUUGCGCCUCCCACAGGUUGAAUUUAAUAAUUAAUGACAUAAUAGUUUUUUUUAGAGAGAGUACUUUAAGAAGGAAUCUAAUUCCCAAUAUACCCCUGUUUUGUGAGACUCGUUGGACCGCCAAAUAUAAAUCUUUGCGCGUUUUUGCUGAACAUUUUAAUACCAUAUUUAAAACUCUUUUUGAUAUCAAAACUGGGGAAAUUGUAAUGAACUCUAGUACUACAAAAAGAGCAGCUCAAUUAUGGGCUGCUAUAAAUUCGUUUACAUUUGUUAUUUGUCUAAUGGUGGCAAGUAAAUAUUCAAAUAUCUUAGAACCCGUGGCAAAUACGCUUCAAGGUAUUUCAAUUAAUUUUGUAGAUGUUUACUACCACAUAAAUUUAAUUACGAACACUUGCGAAAAACAUCGCUUAGAAGUUGAUAUGGCUUUUACAGAAACUUUUGCUAAUGCGUUUUCUACUUGUGAGACCCAUAAUAUAGAGUUGAGUAAACCACGGAUAUGCGAGCGACAAACUCACAGAUCUAAUUAUGAAUCCGAUUCAGCCAAAGAUUAUUUCAAAAAAUCUUUAUUUAUUCCAUAUUUAGACCAUUUGAUUAUUUCCUUAAAAACAAGGUUUUCACAAGAGCAUAAAAUCGCAUUCUCGUUGUUUAAUAUAUUGCCAAAAAAUAUAAAAUCCUUGGAUAUAAAAUCUUUUGCACCUAAGGUCGGAAAUCUGUACAAUAUUGAAAACUUGGAAAGCGAGUUAAAUAUUUGGAAAGAAUAUGUAUCUCAAUCUCAAAUAGAUAAAAGCAUAACCAUUGAAGAUCUUAUUGGGCAUUGUACAUUUUUUCCUGCUAUUAAAGAUAGCUGCAUGCUUCUACUUACUUUGCCGUGUACUACUUGCACUAUAGAGCGCAGUUUUAGCACCUUACGCAGGAUUAAAACGUGGAUAAGAUCUACAAUGGGACAAGACAGACUUGUUGGGCUAGCAUUGUUAAGUAUCCAUCGUAAAAGAGUAGAAAAUAUUUCAAAUUUUAAUAAUGAAAUACUUGACCAAUUUUGCCAAAGUAACAGAAGGCUGAUUUUUAGUUUAGAGUAA